AGACCAUCUAGCGCUUGCCGUCAGAAACAACCUGUUCCCACAAGAUCCACAGACUUGCAAGGAUUAUGGGUUUGAACGUGCAUUCACAGUGGAGAACAGGUCCAAACUUCUUGGCUUGUAUAUCGGGUUGAUGAACCCAGGACGCAUAGGAAUUCCCCCAAAGACCAUCAAUGACUGGCGGGUCAGGGGCGUGCUUGUAGAAGAGAUAAAAGCAGCAUACUACAAGAUUCCCGCCGAACUCAGAGGCGGUUACUUCCCUUGGUUCUUGCAGAAUCAGCACAUUCUUAAUCCAUCUGCUGCUGAGACGCAGUCAAAUGUCGAAGGGGAUGCCAUGGUUCUGCGCGCAUGGCGCUUUACCGGAGGCGCAGAAACAGACUCGCCUGCAGACAUACGAGCCCGCAUAACUAGCAUGCCUCAGGACAGGCAAUCAUGUUAUUUGUUCUACGUGAUGCUGUUGAGUAAAGUGCAUCCUGCACCGUUCGAUGGCCUCUGGAUUCCCUUCGGUUUCUGCUCAUGCGCUUGCAAAGAGGAGGAAAUGUAUCUGGGCGGACGUUAUCAGGUCCUCAUUACCAAAUGCACAUUCGACGAAUUCUGUGAUGCCUUCCGCUCUGCACGUAUUCUUGAUCUCUUCCGCAAGAAUGGAAUCAACGUGGAUCUUCGCUACCUUGCGGACGUCUUGCAACACCACCGUAUACGCAAGUCUGUCUGGGUCCUCAAGCAGUUUGUCAUCCAGACUAAUAAACAAAAUCCGGAGAGUAGAAUGGAGAAUUUUAUUGCGUUCGACUAUGGAUUCAUGAAUUGUAGAAAAGAUGCUGAGAUCCAGGCGCUGAAGAAAGUUUAUAGGUCGUUUUUUGAGCGCCACGAUGCGAAUCCUCUAGCGCUGCACGAUGCUGCGAUACGCGGAAACAUAUUUGGGUAUCUGGGGAGUUUGAUGAAGCUGAACAGGAAGCACAAGGGUCUUAUGAAGAAUCCGUAUCCGCUCCCUGGCCUGUACUUAAGUGAGAUCACAGGCAAAUGACUUGGUUUCAUGUUAUUGUCGUCAUCUUCGAACUCCCACGCAGUGUUCCUCUUGACCCCUUAGGCUCUCAGACUCCGUUGCUAGUACUGUCCCAUUUCCUCCAUGACAGAUGUACCUCAUAGGCUCGUAUUCACCUCGCUUUUCACGCUCAUAGGUGAAAUGGUUGUCUCGAUAAAAUGUACAAUAUUGCCGCACCGCUAGAUGUGGAAUCUAUAC